AUGUCCGGGCCGGCGUCGCUGUCCUUCCUCGCGUCGCGGCGCGUCGCGACGGCCGCGGGGGACUACGCGGCGGUCCUCUUCGAGAACGUGACGCAGCACCUGCCGGACGGCGAGACGCACCUGCUCGGCGUCUUCCGCGGCUGGAGCGGCGACGGCCGCGCCAUGCUCUUCGGCGACGGCGAGCCCUGCCCCGGGGACCGCCCGCGCAACGCCACCGUCGUCGCGACGUGCGACGGGGGCCCGCGCCUCGCGCUCGCGGACGCGACCGAGCCGACGAUGUGCGCCUACGAGAUGAAGCUGCUGCUGCCCGUCGCCUGCCCGCUCUUCGAGAGCGGCUGGCGGGACGCGGCGCCCCCGCGGGGGACGGGACCGCCGCCCCGCGGGGACGGCGGCGGCGGCGUCGCCGCGCUCCGCGCCGAGGCGGACGACGCGCGGCGCCGCGUCGCGGAGCUCGAGGCGGCCAUCGCCGCCGCCCUGGAGGCGGCGGAGUCCCUGGAGGCGGCGGGGUAA